UUCCAACUGCUCUCUCUCUGUCUCUUUGUUUCACUAUAUUUUUGUACUCGCUCUAUUACGGUAGGACUAACGAAAAUUCAAUUUUCAAUUUAAAUGCUUCGCUAAUAUUAUUCCUGGGUGCCGGCUUCUUCUCCACAGCGCGUAAAUUCUAAUAAGAUUUAAAUGCGUGUACUGCGUUGAUAACUAGUGUGAUUCAAAAAAUUUCUCUCUAUCUGCUGCAUAAAAUAGUUCGUUGGAUAUUACUAUCGCGGUUCUGCUGUGUGUGAUUAAGAAAAGAAGGCCCUUUUGUGAUAAAAAGUAGUACAAAUUAUUAUAAGCAAAUUAAAAAAAUAUUAUUCUUUGCAAAACAAUCAAACUGAAGUGAAUAAAACCAACAUCGACAAUUAUUCCUUCCGUUAAACCGAUUAAAAUCGUUAAUCGGAAACCUUGACAGAUCGCCACUUUUCUCAAAUCUAUGCCUCCCGGUUGACAGUUGGUUUGUUGUUAUGUUUUGCUUUCUUUGUUUAUGCUACGUGCUCUUUAUGCGUCUGGAUACGGUGCUCCUAAUCAUGUGUGAAGAUGAGCUUUUCCACCUGUUCAGGUUGGCGGCUCUGUGCGGUUUUCCUGUUGACACGGGACACUGACACCUUUUGCCGACAAAAAAAAGUUAAACAAAAAGGUGAUUACUUUCCAUUUGAACGUUUAGAAGUGUAAAUUUGAGACUUUUUAACGAAAAGAAAAAAUUUGAGGAAUACAAUAAAACGUAACAUGAAACAUUUAAUAAUAACUUUAAACUAAAAAUUUUUAAAUAUGAAAAAUUUAAAGCAAUAAAAUCAUUAAAGAAAAAGUAUCUAACUCAAGAUUCUCAGUACAACCAAACCAAUGGAAUAAAAGUUGUAAAAAUGUCAACAGUAAAAAUUUUAAAGUGCGUGAUUAAAACUCGUGUACACCCACACAACUACAAGCUCACCGUUGACAGAAGCCGCUUUGUUUAUUUGACCUCUUGACAUCAAACGCGCAUAAAAACAUAGCGUCAAACGUCAGCUGUGGAUCGCGAACAAAACUUGCCCACAUUAUCACAAGACCCCCGAACGCAGAAGUAUCGAUUGGGUAGUAAGAGCGUAGUACUUUGGUUGUUUUUUCCGUUGCGUUUCGUUUUAGAGCAAACAGCUACUAGCGCUAGUAAUGCUACUACACGGUUAGAACCGCUUGAUGAGCGAAAUACGCCAAAAACAUCAGCUCCAUAUUGCAAACCGUACGAACAGUGAUUGAAUUUGCACAGCAAUCAAAUUAUAGCGGCAGUCAGCAUGAGCAUCUUCACAGGCAAUUGCAAAUGUUCGUACACGGUGGGGCUGGUUGGGCUGAGCGUAUGUGGCUUUCUGCUGUCCCUGUACACAUCCUACGUAGAGCUGCGUGCCGAACAUGAUCAUUCCUACAGAGCAAUGUGCGACAUUAGCGAACGCAUCAGCUGCACUAAAGUGUUCACUUCAAGGUACGGGCGAGGAUUUGGUAUUGUCGGACCGGUUCUGGGCGACGACUCGCUCCUGAACGUACCGAACGGGUUCUACGGCAUCUUUUACUACUUUCUCGUCGCAGCAUUCAGCUUCAGCGAUCAUUUAAUCAUCUCCCGGCUCAACAGCUACCUGAUACUGCUAUCCAACUGUCUGUCGCUUUACCUGGCCUAUCUGCUCUACUACGUCCUGGAGGAUAUGUGUAUCGUGUGCGUUACCACGUACGCGGUGAACUUUAUCAGCUUGAUACUGGCACUGCAAAAAAUCCAGGUACUAAUCCGGGACGAACAGAUAAUGCGCGCCUUCAAAGUGAGCAAAUCCAAGUAGGAAGCGACCUUUCGGAAACAUUGCAAAGGCAACAACACACACGCCGUUCGUUUCGUUCGCUUAAUGUGUUACGCAAAGGGUUAGUUAAUGUUUUGUUUUAGAAGAAUGCGAACAAACGAUUUCUUACCUCACGACUUUUAGCAAUUGUUUAUCUUACUGCCGAUGCCGUUUUUUGCUUCAUCGUUAUCUCGUUCCAGACUAGCAGUUUAAUGCUUUUCUUGUACUCGGUGCCAAAAAGAAAACUACCUAAAUAGCACGAUGGUUCAAUGUUUGUGAUUGUGAAUUAAUAAAAAUCAUUUUACGAAAUGAA